AUGAUUAACAAAUACGAUAAWAAARAAACUUACGUGAACGAUUACGAGGAUUACAAAAAAUACGUGRAUUUGACCACRAAAGYAAAUCGWUGGAUUUUGGAWCCAWUGGGUAUCUGGCCAYUSAACAAARAUUCCAUUGAAGUUACUUGGAAAGACAAGUGUUUUCGUCGAUUGAAAAGUUGCAUUUUUUAUUUCCUCAUGAUAUUCGUAUUCGCAUGUUGCRGUCCUUACRURRUUUUCGARGUMGAWRGUACCUAUGACARAUUGAGACUUACUGGACCACUGAGUUUCUGUAUUAUGGCUAUUCUUAAAUAUKUMUUUUURACAUUACACGAARAARAAMUUCGAUCGUGUAUCGGGUAUAUUGAAAUGGAUUGGAAAAGUGUUAAAAAUUUGAAAGACGAACAAAUAAUGAUCGACAAAGUUUACUCGGGUCGUCGUUUAGUUAACAUUUGCAAURUAUUCACUUUCGGUGCUGCUGGAUUUUAUUAUAUCGUAUUACCAGUUAUGAGUAAAAAAAUUGUUCUACCUGACGUUAAUGUUACUUACAGACCAACCCCAUAUCCCGUUACUAAAUAUCUCAUAGAUAUUCGUUAUAGUCCAGCCAACGAAAUAGUUAGUCUCAUUCUAUGUUUUUCCGGAUUUGCUGCACAUUCGAUAGCAGCUGGUACAUGCAGUUUAGUAGCCAUUUUUACUAUGCACGUUUGCGGUCAACUUARGGUUCUCAUCAAUUGGUUGGAACAUUUGUUGGAUGGUAGAGAAGAUUUGUGUUCCAACGUAGAUGGUAGAAUGGCGAGUAUCAUUCAACAACACGUUCAAAUAUUAAAUUUUAUAUCGGUAACUGAGAAUUUGUUGAACGAAAUAUCUUUGAUCGAAGUUGUUGGRUGUACAUUGAACAUGUGCUUACUUGGAUAUUAUUGCAUUAKGGAAUGGGACAUCACUGAAAUAUUGGGUAGUCUAACUUGUGCUAUUGUAUUAACGUCAAUAGCUUUUAAUAUUUUUAUAUUUUGUUAUAUWGGCGAACUUCUKAUGGAACAGGUCAACGAGUUAAGCGAACGAUGUUAUGGUAUUGAUUGGUAUCGUUUGCCAGGAAAAACUGCACGUUCAUUGAUACUUUUAAUYGCGAUGUCAAGAACAACGACAAAAUUAACAGCCGGAAAUUUUAUGGAUCUUUCUUUGAGUAGUUUUAGCGACAUUAUCAAAUCAUCGGUCGCCUAUUUGAAUAUGUUACGGACAAUGGUUAUCGCAAUUAGUAGCGAUCGAGUGGUCGUUCGGAUUAAAUCGAUCAUGUCUAAUAUAACUACGAUGAGUGUUAUCGUGCAAGAUAAUCGAGAUGAGAUGAAUUUGAACGUUAAAUUGAAUCGUUGGAUUUUAAAAUCGAUCGGUGCAUGGCCCAAAUCAUCUAACAUAUCAUACAAACAAAUUUAUUUGCACAGAUUUAGCAAUGUCAUUUGUUACGGUUUAAUUAUAUUUUUAAUGAUACCAUGCGGAUUACAUUUGUCAUUGGAAGUCAAAGAUACUUACGACAAAUUACGUUUAACCGGACCAUUGAGCUUUUGUUUAAUGGCAAUAAUAAAAUAUUGUGCUUUGACGUUAAAGGAAAAUGAUAUUCGUCGUUGUUUCGAAUAUAUAGAAUUGGAUUGGAAAAAAGUUCGACACAUUGAGGAUAUUAAAGUAAUGAAAGAUAAUGCUAAUAUCGGUCGUCGCAUAGUCAUCGUUUGUGCAAUUUUCAUGUACAGCAGUGCUGCAUUUUAUUAUAUUGCCGUACCUUUUGCAAGAGGUUUAAUUAUUGAAGAUGAUACCAAUCUAACAUACAGGCCACUCGUUUAUCCAGUUGCAAGGAUCAUCGUUGACACACGUCGUACACCUGUCAAUCAAAUAUUCUUUGGUAUUCAAUGUGUUUCAGGAUUUCUCGCACAUUCGAUUACAGCAGGUGCUUGCGGACUUGCAGCAACUUUUGCCAUGCACGCUUGCGGACAAUUGCAAGUUAUUACGAUAUGUUUGAACAAUUUAAUCGACGGUCGUCAGGAUUCUUUUGAUACCGUUGAACAAAGGCUCGCUGAUAUCAUACAACGUCAUGUUCGUGCAUUGAAUUUUAUCUCACUAACAGAAGAAGUGUUGAAUGAAAUAUCAUUGGUUGAAGUUGUUGGGUGUACCAUAAAUAUUUGCCUUCUUGGAUAUUACUGCAUCACUGGUUGGCAAUACAACGAGACUAUGGGUCGUGUAACGUACAUCAUACUAUUCAUAUCAGUUACUUUUAAUAUUUUUAUAUUCUGUUACAUAGGUGAACUUCUUGCCGAACAGUGCCAAAAAGUAGGAGAAAGUUCCUACAUGAUUGACUGGUACCGAUUACCAUGGAAAAAUAUUCGUAGCCUUGUCUUGAUCAUUGCAAUGUCCAGUUCAUCGAAAAAUCUAACCGCAGGAUAUCUUAUUGAAUUAUCUUUAACUAGUUUUGGUGAUGUAAUCAAAUCGUCACUCGCAUACUUGAACAUGUUGAGAACGCUGACCGAAUAAAAUGAAAGUAAACGAUUAUUAUUUUAAGAUCAAUUUCAUGAAAUUUGAGAAAAAGAAGA